AGAUGAUCUUAAACUGUAUCCAUAUGCAUGUUUCGGCAAGCCGAGUCUCUCCCCCUGGUCGUUGGGUAUAAAAGAACCUGGCUGACCCUUACAUCCAGUCACCUUCGUAAAUUAUCAGCUUUUUGCUGCGUUUGUUUUCUUUGCUAUGGUGUCCCGGUCCCACCCCUUUGUCUGCUAUGCCGUUGUCGCCUCAUUCAUUCUACUUUCAAACGCCCAACAGACCUCUGGCACUCCCCCAAGCAGCUGGCCUCAAGUGUACUCGGGAAUGCCGAAUGGUCAAUACAGUCCGGAGUGGCAGGCCUACUUCCAAGUGACAGAGAGUUUGCCAAAUGUUACAUGGCCUCUCGCUCGUAAUUGGGCAGGGAACAUUCCUGUUCAGAGGGAUGGUCAUCCUAAUGAUACCUUAUUCUUCUGGGCUUUCGAGAGCGAGGAAGGCUCUUUCACUUCUGAUUCCACUGAUGCACCAUGGGGUAUUUGGCUCAAUGGAGGACCCGGCUCAUCAAGUCUUGUUGGCCUAUUGUUUGAGAAUGGCCCGAUUCAAGUACAAAACGAUUAUUCGCUGUUUGAAAACCAGUAUGCAUGGAACAAAGUAGCAGACUACGUCUGGAUAGACCAGCCAGUCGGCGUUGGUUUUGGAACUGCUGAUUCCACUGGUUACAUUUUUGACGAGGAUCAAAUGGCGGCGGACUUCUUCGGGUUCUUGGAGAAUCUUGUCAAGAUCUUCCCUGGCCUGGCUAAACGUCCAUUACAUAUAACGGGCGAAAGCUAUGCCGGCAUGUAUAUACCUUACAUCACGAAAGCGUACUUUGAGAUGGAGAAUCCGCCAGUUACAUUGGCUAAGAUAGCCAUCGGAGAUGGCUCCAUUGCAUCUGGAGAGACAUUUGAACUCCUCCCGGUGGUUAGUGUCCUUGAGACAUACCCGCAGAUAGUCGGGUACGACACCAAUGUCUUUGAGUACUUUCGUGAACAAGAAGCGCUUUGCGGCUAUAACCUUACCCUCGAAUAUCCUCAAAACGGACACUUCCCUACCUUGACUUAUACUCCUGGAGCAAAUCCUAACACAAUUGGUAUGUCUGCAUCGGGGCGAUACAGAGCCCGACAAGGUCAAUUCUCCAAGAAGCUAUUUUUGGCCGACAUGGCACAGAGGUACAAUGCACAUCUAGCAAAGCGGAGCACUAGUCUGUCCAAGCGUGAGCGCCUGCGUGGGCGGGAUGCUUGGAAACGUGAUCUAGCUGGCCGUGCAAAUGGCACCAUCGACGCAUGGUACGGGUGCGAUGUUUACGAUGAGAUGCUGGAUUAUGCCAUCAACUUCACCUUCCCGUGGUCACUCAGCCGAGACUCUGGAGGGAUGUUCGACGUAUAUAACAUCCCAGAUGCGCUGAACCCUGAGGCACCUAUGGAUGGGUCAGUUUUCUUGAACAACCCACAAACUCGCGCUGCUAUCCAUGCGCCAACGAGCAAGGAUUGGGCAGAGUCUAUCUACUACCCAUUUGGCAACGACUAUGCUAAUGGUGAUACAAGUCUCGAACCUAUGGCAUUCCUCACGGACUUGGCCACGAAUGCCACGGCCCACAAGAUCUCGGUUGUCAUAUUCUCCGGAAACGACGACUCCCUCAUUCCGCACCUUGGUUCACAAAUUACUAUCCAAAAUACCACCUUUGGCGGAAUUCAAGGUUUCACGCGCAAACCGUCGACGCCAUGGUAUAACGAUAACGACGAAUUCGCUGGUAUCGUGCAUCAGGAACGCAAUUGGACUUAUGUCCUUGUUGACCACGCAGGCCACCUCGUGGGAAACACAAACCCCGAAUCGGGUUUCGUCCUCAUCAGGGAGUUCGUCUUUGGAAGCAACCAGACCGGAUUGGUCACCACCACUUCCUCGGGAGCUGCGACUGUCAUAGGUGGCGAGGUCUCUUCCCUGGCAAAUGAGAUUAUGACAGGACAGGCUGCCAUCUACUAUGGCUCCGCAACUACUGAAUCCACAUAUUACUUCCCCACCGCCACAGUGGAGGCUUGGAAUGCAUAUAUUGCAACCGCUACUUCCGCGCCUGUGAUGAUGGCCUCAGCGAGGCAACCUGGAAGCUCUGCAUCGGCGCAGAUAGGUAUAACGAUGGCACUCGGGAGUGUCACCGUGGUAUUUAUGCUACUUGCAUUAUAA